AUGCUAUUGAGGGCCCGACUACAGGACCAACAUUCCUCGUAUAAGGGCUUACUCGACGUGAUCAAAAGGACCUGGCGCUAUGAGGGCGUCCGGGGCUACUAUAAGGGACUGUUGCCCAACCUGAUCAAAGUGACGCCCGCC